AUGGCCUCCCAGCCUCCAAAGGCCCCGGACAAGGGUGUUCUCGCGCCUGAGGGGUAUGGGAAACCAAGGCUGUCGACCACCUUGAACCCCUUGGCUUUGGAUAAGGACUUGCCACCGCCGAAAGAAGGUAGCCUGGAACCUGAGGAGAUCUGGGGCGACCAGGAGCCCCUCUCCAAGAUCCCAUUUAAGAUUCUGCAUGGACACGAGCACAUUGUGAGCUCCUGUCACUUCUGUGUGAACGACACGAAGGUCCUCAGUAGCUCCUAUGACAGCACCGUGAAGCUGUGGGAUACUAUGGAUGGAUCUGUUGUUCGGGAAUUUACGCCCCAGGCCACAGCUCCUGUCUCAGAGUGCAGCGUCACGGCUGACAGCAGAAGAAUUCUUGCAGCAUCCUAUGACAAAAGAGUGCAGGCUUGGGACCUGGAAACAGGGACGCUGCUGUGGAAGAUCAACUUUGAGACUUUCAUAGUCACCUGUAAGUUUUCUCCUGAUGGUAAGUACGUGGUCUCAGGCUUGGAUGUGGAUCGUGGAAUCUGUAUCACAGACGUGGAAAACAGCAGCACCAUAUCACACAUCAAAGGUCAUCACCAGAAGUCACUCACUGCAUGCUGCUUUGACCCUGACAGCCAGAGGGUGGCUUCCGUCUCAUUGGACAGGAGUGUCAAGAUCUGGGAUAUUGCGUCUCAGGCCACAGUACUCACCAUCACCAAGGCACAUGCCAAUGCCAUCUCCAACUGCUGUUUCACCUUCAGUGGUCAUUUCCUGUGUACAAGCUCUUGGGAUAAGACCUUAAAAAUAUGGAAUGUCCACACAGGGGAGUUUCGAAAGCAGGGGGCCUGUGUGACCCUAAUGCAGGGCCACCAAGGUUCUGUGAGCUCCUGCCAAUUUGCUAGAGACACCUCUUUCCUUGUGUCUGGAGGGUUUGACAGGACUGUGGCUAUUUGGGAUGUAGGAGAAGGCAACCGGAAGCUCUACUUGAAGGGCCACGAGGACUGGGUGAUGGAUGUUGCUGUCAGCAGUGACAAGAAAUGGAUCCUGUCUGCUUCAAAGGAUACCACACUGAGAGUAUGGAAUAUUGAAGAAAUUGACCAAAUUCCUUUGGUAAUCAAGUACAAAAAGACCCUGGGCUUAAAGUGUGAAAGCUGUAACAGGCCUUUCUCCAUCUACGAAACCGACACCUUACCUGAAACAGUCUCCAAGUGUAUGUUCUGCCGGACAGACACAAAGGACAUGGCAGCAGGGGCGCCAUCAUCACUGGAGGACUGUCCCACAGGGGAGCAGUCGGGCAGUGAUGACUGAUGGCCACCAGGGCCUUGAGUGACACAGGCACUGGCCACUGGCCACAUCGGUGUUGGGUUCUGCAGGGACCUUUGCGGGGCCCUCCCUUGCUGGCUGGGUUUGACAAUCUGGGCCAGAGCCAAGCACUGCCUGGGCUCCCCCCAUUGCAGUCCUCAGCACCCAUGGGGACCAGACACUUUGUUUUUGGUUUUCAUGGAGAAUAAAUCUAGA